AGCAAGCAUUUGCCUAUCACAUUUAUCUUAUGACAUGAGUUGAUCACAAAUAUCAAAUGAUUUGAGUGAAAAUCAUCAGCAUUUCUUCAGACCUUAUUGAACAAGAACACCUUCAGCAUAAUGUCGCUCGAAGAGCAACUCAUUGACUUGAAAGUCAACUUGAAUCUCAAGGGACAAAUUCUCCUCAAUACAUGGACAGAAUUGACUUCAUUAUUGGACACUUAUCAGGCAAAACUAGCGGUGAAAGAGACACAGGCAAGAGUUCGAUAUGAAACCAAUGCGACGCUGGGAGACGUGGAAAAAUUACGAUCAGAAAUGACGGUUUUGAAAAAUAGGUUAACAAGGACGCAACUUGAAGUCACCGCUAAAGACAACACAAUAUUUCAGCUAAAAUCGGACCUCGCACAUGUUCAGUCAAAGUUGAUUGUGACUCAGCAACAGUUGAAGACGCGUUCCUCACCUAGUGUCGCUAGUAGUAAUCAUGGAAUGGCGAAUUUGGCGUCAAUCGUGCCAGAAGAAACGUCGACUGGUGUUCAAAUGAAGAUGGAAAAUGAUGAUGAACAAUCUGGGAAAAAUGGCAGCAGUCCUCAGUCCGAUUCAUGGGAGGUCCGUGACGCAGAAACCUCAUCCAUUGUCAUACACUCGGAGAGCAAACAACACAUACGAAGCCAAAAACGACGACAACCCCGGCCAGAAAAAGACAGCGAUUCCUCCUGCAAGGUCUUCAAAACUGAGUCAGGUGACACAAGUUUUGAAUCCGAUAUGUCAAUGUCGGAAUCGAAUAAUAGCUAUUACCAAAAUGAUAGACAGGAUCCCGGUGAAAGGGAGGAGUCCGAUCCAGUCCCUGUUGCCAUGGUUUUAAAGACUAACACUGACACUGCCUACUGUUCACAUCCGGUUGGGGAUGGAGUCAUCCCUGCUGAGGGUACAAAUCUGGUGGUCCAUUCGAGAGAACAGAUUCCAGCUACCGAAAAAAUCCUACGCCCCCGUCGACGUUGUCAUUUGUGCUACAGUCAUGGGAGAAGAAAAGACACUCGCUUUUACUGCCCAGCUUGUCCAAGACAACCCGCUUUCUGCAAUGAUCCAUGCUUUGAGAUCUACCACUCGAAACUCCACAAGGUCUCGAUCCCUCAAGGCGAAAAUCCCACAGCUGCAAUCAAACGUGAAUUUAUGCGAGGAGAAUUCCUCAAUAAUCCAACAGACGGUGCUUCGAACUUUGCCAACGAACGAGAUUCAUUUCAGACGCUGGCCCAGAGGGAGAAUCCGUACUUAGCAAUUACAUGUAAGCAGGAACAGGACCAGGAUGGUGCUUCAAACUUCUCUAAUGAAGAAGACACUUGAUAUUUGUGAAAUUAGUAGGAUGAAAGCAUUUUAGAGCGCAUUUAAAAUCAAAUAGCAUUUAUGUGUACUGUUAUGAAACAUUAGUAAGUACUGUCACAAAUUUAUGCUGAUUUGGAGGAUGAUGUAUUGGCUGGCAUUUAGGAACUUUUUUGACAAGAUGGUGGACUGUGUUUACUUUACCUCUAACCAGGCAACAGGUAGGACAGAAAGUUUCCAAUAGAGGUCUCUCCUAUCUCACAGCGCAACUAUUCACAGUCGUACGAGGAAAACGAUUAUUGCUGUAUCGAACGGAACCCCCCUCACUGCAUACUGGUCACCUGAAGACUACCAGUUUGAUCCUCUAGCUCCUGCCUAUAGUCUCCUUAGGAUUUCGAUCUGCUCAGCCCCAUGCUGGGUGUUGAUACUGCCUCAGUGCCUGUAUCCCAAGUUCCAUAUGACACUUGAAAUGUUUUCAGGUGUUAUAUUGAUUUAAUUUUUAUGGGGAUCAGUCUCCACCAUGGCAUUGUUGAAAUGUCAACUUUGCUGCAACAAUGAAUAUUGAUGAAGAACUAUUGGAUCAUCUCUUGAAAAUAAAUUCUAUUGUACUAGUCAGAAAAGUUAAUGCCAACUGAAUAGUCUGCAUGCAAUGAGUGAAAGAACUGACUGGCAUAAUAUUACCAAUAUAUUGUUUUUAAAAAUGGGGAAAAAGGAAAGUAAUAUUUUGGUGUAUUGUAUUUGUAGGGGUAAUUUAUUAGGAACUUUCACUGAGUUCAUAUGAAAUCUCUAUUAUUGUUGACAACAUGUAUAUAGUAGUGUAGAUGUGUACUGCCUUUAGGUGUGAAGAAGUAUUAAGAAU